CUUAUGCGGCCGCCAUAUUCUGUGACAGUAUUUUGAUUCGUAUCUGCUGGAAGUGAGGAAAAAGAGAAAAGUGAAGGGCUGUCGAGGGGAGGGGGGGGCCGAAGAAGAGGAGCUGUCAAAAAGGUAUUCCCGAGUCUCUGUCAAACGGCGGAGGGCUGAGGCUCGGUAUCCCUCCCCUUACGCUAUUUCGAGGACACACAAGGCCCGGGGCCUCGGUGCAAUUGGCUCUUCGUCUCCCUGGUGGUAGCUGGAUCCCUCUCGGCUUCUCCUCUCUCAGCUCCGGCGGCCCUCUGGAGGUCCGACGGCGGUCUCGGGUGUUGAAGGCGGCCCGGGGAGCGGCGGCGGCGGCAGUGGAGACGAGAAAAAGAUGUUCAAGAUGAAGGCGACGUGCUGCCACGACUGACGCCCCAGUGCGCUGAACAAGAACAAGCAGUCCUGCCCUGGCAACAUACGAAUGGCCCAGGGAAGUCACCAGAUUGACAUUCAGGUUUUGCGUGACCUGCGCCAGAAGUUCCCUGACGUUCCAGAAGGUGUUGUCUCCCAGUGUGUUCUGCAGAACAACAACAACUUAGACGCCUGCUGUGAAUACUUGUCCCAGGUCAGUCCGGGCUACGUGUACAGUGAAGAAGGAAACCUGAGCUUUUCUGACGACCCCAGUUUCACCAGGUUCCGUAAUCACAUGACCCAGCUGACCCUGGGCCUGCAGUCUCAGAAUGUGCAUGUGGCCCCGGCUCGGGACGGCCUGAGAAUGAACGGCAGUCGGACUCUGGCCCACAGCCUGAGUGACGGGCCCCUCCAGACAGGCCAGGCCCCCAAUAGUGACUUCUUUCAGCAGGAGCCUCAGUCAGCCCCAGUGCAGGUGCCCUCCAGCCUCAAUGUGUUUGGCGUGAUGGAACCCACGCGCAAACCGCAGCCUCCUCAACACCUUGGACUUUACCCUCUGGGUUUCAAAGGAACGACUAUGGGUGCCCAGCAGACGCCGCGCUUCAACCCCAUUACAGUGACGCUAGCCCCCAAUAUCCAGACAGGCCGCAACACCCCCACUUCUUUGCACAUACACGGCGGGCCGCAGUCGGGCCUAAGCAGUCCACAGGGUAACUCUAUCUACAUCAGGCCCUAUGUUAGCCAGUCCGGUACGACCCGGCAGAACCAGCCGCAGGGAAGCAGGGCCCAGUACAGCCCCACUUCCCAGCCCCAGCAGCAGAUCUACCAGAUCUCACACCCCUCCUCCCUGUCCGGCUCCUGGUCCGGCCCUCAGCACGCCUCCUCUUCACAUACCUCACAGCACCAGACCCAGGGCCACCAGACCUCUCAUGUCUACAUGCCGAUCAGCUCCCCCACAAAUCCCCAGGCGCCCUCCAUUCUUUCCGCUGGAAGCCAGGCCUCUUCCUCUGGUGUCUCCUCGUGCUCUUCCUCCUCUUCCUCCACCUCUGUCAUGCCCACCUCCUCCACCAUCAGCCAGUACAACAUCCAGAACAUCUCCACUGGCCCACGGAAGAAUCAGAUAGAGAUCAAACUUGAAUCUCCUCAGAGGAGCAACUCCACAACCACAACAGCUGUGCUGCGGGCAAGCAGCGGGCCCCGUUCAUCCUCCACCUCCUCCUCCUGCCCUUCCUCUUCGUCCUCCUCCUCAACCGGGGUGGCUACUGUCCCCACCACCCCUCUGUCCAUUGGAUGCCCAGGUCUGAGCCGCAGCCAGCCCACUGUUUACAUCUCUGCCAGCCCACCCACUGCUGCUACCACUCCCUCUGAGGAGGCUGUCGUGGCCUCAGCCGGCUCCCGCUCCCAACCCAAGUUUUACAUUUCUGCCAAUGCCUCCAGCGACGACGGUGGGGGUAGGAACCCUCCCACAGUCUACAUCUCAGCCAACCCUCCCUUGCAGGGGCCUUCAGGGGCCAGGAACAUGGCAGGCCAAGUGAGCAUGGGCCCCGCCUACAUCCACCACCAUCCACCUAAGUCUCGUGCCUCUGUGGGAGGGGGAGGCACCGCGUCUUCCCCUCGCGUAGUGGUGACUCAGCCCAACACCAAAUACACUUUUAAAAUCACCGUGUCCCCCAAUAAGCCCCCAGCGGUGUCCCCUGGAGUAGUGUCCCCUACUUUUGAGCCCAACAACCUCCUAAGCCUACCCUCAGACCACCACUUCGUGGAGCCAGACCCCCUCCAUCUCUCAGAUCCGCUGUCGCCACACAGGGAGAGGCAGAGCGAGCCUCGCAGAGUCAGCAUGAGCUCCGAUGACGCAGCCUACACACAAGCGUUGCUGAUCCAUCAGAAGGCCCGCAUGGAUAGGCUGUGGUGCGAGCUGGAGAUGAAGAAGAAGAAGCUGGAGAAGCUAAAAGAGGAGGUCAACGAGAUGGAGAACGACCUGACCAGGAGACGGCUGGAGAGAUCCAACUCGGCCUCCCAAAUUCCUUCUAUUGAGGAAAUGAAGCAGUUGCGAUGCAAAAACCGGUUACUGCAGAUCGACAUUGACUGCCUCACCAAGGAAAUUGAUCUCCUUCAAACAAAAGGACCACACUUUAAUCCCAGUGCAAUCCAUAACUUCUACGACAACAUUGGAUUCCUCGGUCCUGUCCCACCCAAACCCAAAGGUACUUCAUCUAUCGACAGGAGAGGGUGUAGAUAUAAUGUAACCUCUGAGCUCAUGAUGGAGCCUUCCUCUGGUCCUUCCCCUCCUCCUCCUCCUCUUCAUCCUCUGCUUGACUCGGGCAGUAAGGUUGUGAAGGCUGUCGCAGACCAGGAUGAGGACGAGGGGCUGCAGUGGAGCUGCACGGCCUGCACCUUCCUCAACCACCCGGCCCUCAACCGCUGUGAACAGUGCGAGUUCCCGCGGCACUUCUGAGCCAGCCAGGCCGCCACGCGCCGCUCCCUCCCUCUGCCCGCCCGCCUUCCACAGACUAGAAUAGAAAAUGCCCCCCCCCUCUCUGUUUCUGUUUUUUCUUUUUUUUUUUCCCCCUACACGUAUGAAAACUGGGGAUGGGUGGGCAGAUUGAAGGGCGGGGGAUUAGUCAUUGUGCAUCACGAGGCCUUUUUUUUUCCUUCUUCCUCUCUAAGGUUUGUAGCAUGCUGUCCACUGAAGGCUCGACCGGACGGCGUUUACAGCUCACGUUUCUUCCUAAAGGCUGCCAGGAGUCGUAUGAUACCUCACCUUAGAGACUCAGAUUGCGCGGGGUACACCCGCCCCCUACCCCCACCUCCUUUUUUUGUUUUUUUGGCCUGUUCGAAGGGUGUCACCCCCGGCGAUACCUCGCCCGCUCCCAGUUACAGUAUUACCGGUGUUGGCCCUGCAGUGUGAUGGCACACACACAUGCAUCACACACACCUACAAACACAACACAACACAGGUGCCAAUGUGCCUUUUGCUGAAUUCAUAAAAAUAGUUUUUCUUCGAUUGUGGUGGCGUGGACGAGGCGGGGGUGCGGGGCGGGGGUGGGGGGGGCAGAGGCAGGGCAGGGAUUGGGAACUGUGCUCAGCCACUGCUCUCCACCUGAAGGGAAAACUAACAGACUACUCGUGGACUUUUAAGUUUGUUUGCUGUUUCUAGAGAAUAUGAAAGGGGAGGGGGCGGAGGGAGGGGGGGGGUUGUGGCGGCGUCGGUGCUACUCAGAUGUGCCUGUUUGUCUCCCCCACCCACCCCCUUCAGUAUAUCCCUUUUCUGUCUCUUCAUUCACGAGUUACUGAAGAAAACCCAAAAAAAGAAAGUUGCAUGCUUUGUGUACAGUCCAUGGAGGCAGAAACCUCCCCCUGAGCUUUUUACUGUACAUAAUGUUAGAAUGUGCCUUAAAAGCCUCUUCUUCCUCACACUAUGAAUCACUUGUAUUUCCUGUAAGUAUAGCUUUAUAGACUUUAUUAACUUUUUUUGUGUCUUGUUUCGUUUCCCUCUUUCAAACAAAUAAGCACCAUGCUCCCUUUUUUUUUUUUUUAAGCUUUUUACUUGAUAUCUGUGAGAGUUGAAGCCUUGAAGAAGGAGGAGGAGCAGGAGGAGCAGAAGAGCAGGAAAACCUUGUUUGCAGUCAUCAUGAAGCUACGUCUGCCAGGUCCGUUCAUCGCUUGUGUAAUUGCUGAGUUUCCUGUGUACAAUCUGCAGAUGCAGCAAAGUGGAAGGCGAUGGAGGAGUCUAUUUUCUUUUAAAUUUUUUUUUUUUUUUUUGUUUGUUUUUGUUUUUAAAACUUUUUUUCUCCAAGACACCAAACAUGUCCGGGACUGUCGGGGGAUUGAAAGAGGGGGGGUGGGGGGGGUCAAAAAGCAAAAAUACAAACUGCCAUCGUAUCUGACAACUGGA